CGUCACAUCCGUCCCCUCCCUCCCGCCGCCAUGUUGCGGGCGCUGAGGCGCUGCCGGCCGGGGGCGGCGGCGGCGGCCGCGCUCGGCCCCGGGGCCGGCUCCGGGCCCGGUUUCGGCCUCGGCCUCGCCUGGAGCCCGCGCUUGGUGCCGGCCCGGGGCCGCAAGACCCGGCACGACCCCCCCGCCAAGGCCAAGGCGGCCCGCGUCAAGGUGCCGCCGCCCGUCGACCCCGCCGAGCUCGCCGUGGUCACAGAGCGCUACCGGCAGCACCGCGCCGUGCUCGGGGCGCUCCGCUGCAUGUUCAGGGCCGAGGUGCUGCAGCGGCAGCGUGGAGCGCAGCAGCAGGAGGACUCGGUGGCGCUGCGGGAGGAGCACCGGCUGCUCAUGGCCUGGAACGAGGCCGAGAACGCCCGGCAGCGAGCCCGCAGAGAGGAAAGGGCGCGGAGGGAAGCGGAGGAGCAGCAGAGGCAGAAGCUGCAGGCGGCGGAGAACAAAGCCAGGCAGCUGGAGGCCGCCCUGCGCCGCAAGGAGAGCGCCGUGCUCCGCCUGCAGGAGGAAGCCAAAUCGUUCCUCACCCCCGAGAACCUGGAGGCGCGCAUCGAGGAGUGCCUGGACAACCCCCGCAGCUACAACUUCGCCAUCGACAGGGAGGGCCGCGUGGCCAGGCGCACCCCGCUGUCCUAACGGGGCGUCGGGACGGGAUCCUCAACCUCUCCCCGCUCCCGCUGCCCCAGUCGGGAACGGAAUCGUUGGACAAACUGGGGUCUGGGGAAAAAG